AUGUCUGCCACUCCUGAACCUGACAGUGCCACAGGGGGUACAGAUAUUAGAAGAAACCCUAGUAGAACCAGUCGAUCUUCAACCUUUGAUGAAGGACCAGCAAGAAGGAGGGGAAUCUCAGGAACCUCAUCUGUAGGAACCUCUAGAGCCUCUUCUCCUACCUAUACAGCAAGGGGACCAUCUGUCAUGCCAGGAUCAAUGCCUGGCUCUGAGGAUGAAACUACUGUGAUUGAGGAUGAUAGUACAGUAGAAAACCCUAGCAUUAUGAUUACUGACACUUCUACCUUAGAACCCAUAGUAGUGCAGGAUACACCUCCUACACUACCAGCCACUCAUAACCAGCCUUCCAACAGAUCUUCUGUCACUAUAGAAGACAUUACUGCCCAGGAAGGGGAUACCACUCUUAGGAGACACAACCUUACUGGUACCACCAUAAGACAAGCCAGAACAAGAAGCACUUCCAAUAUGGGGUAUCAGGAAACAGCCCUACAGAGCAUUCCUGCAUCCAUUACAUCUAGUAGGAGAACAAGCCCUGUAGAGCUUGACCAAAGGCUGGGGGAACCAACACUGGGUCACCAGCCAGCAGCAUUAAUUGCACACCAACCACAACCCCAGAUACCUAUGCAGGGGUUACCUUUAUCCAGGGCUGCUAUAGCUGACUAUGAGGCCAAGAGCCAUCAGGUGAUGCCUCAAAUCAGGGUAGAAGCAGCCAUCAGCAGUGCCAUCAAUGAUAUCAAAGAUGACAUUGCCCUGAAGAUGGGCCCUAUCAAAUACAUACAUGCUAAUAGCUCUGAAAGUGCAGCUGCCCUGAGACAAGUAGGCAGAGAUGUAGCAGACCUCAACCUGCAGACCAACUAUAUAAGAAGGAAAUUAGGUGAAGUCUCUGAGGAGCAAAGAGCAGCUCAAACAGCCCAUAACCACCUGGCAAAUCAAGUAGAGGAUCUACAAGACAAGGUGGAUGCAUUGCCUCAACUCUUUCAGGAUGUACAAUCUAGGAUAGCUACCAUGGAGGAAAGACUUUUGGAAGCAAUUUUGGAGGUAGACAGGAAGAUAGGACUACCUAAAGAACCAGAGCCAGAAGGAACUGAGACUGAAAGCAACAGUGAGGAAGAAGAUGGUGAUAGUCUUCAUCUCUCUAGACAAAGACAGUCCUCUCCAGCCAGAAGAACCUCCAUUCCAAAAGAAGCCAGACUUAAACAGCCAAAUGCCUUCAAUGGAAAAAGAGGUACUGAAGCUGAAACAUUCAUCAUGAAGAUGGAAAUGUAUUUCAAAGAGUAUCCUGGUACCUUCACUGAUGAGAGAAAGAUCAGGGCCACCUUAACCAAUAUGGGAGAAGGUGAACCAGUCAAAUGGGCCAGUCCCCUGAUGCAGAAACAUCUCAGUGAUGAACCUCAUGAGUACCUUACCUCCUGGAAUGCAUUCAAAGCAGCAUUCCUACUCAACUUCAGUGAUCCAUCCAAAAGGGAUAGGGCUAUUAGGGAAAUCAAUAGCCUAAAACAAACUGGAUCAGCACAAAUUUAUGCCAGCCAAUUCCGAAUUUUAAAGGAAGAUCUUGAUUGGGAUGAGAAAGCUCUCAUUGACACCUUCAAAAAGGGACUCAAGAUCAACCUGCAGUCAGAAUUGAUUCGCAUGAAGAUCACUACUCCUGAAAUUGACAACUACUCUUUAGAGCAAAUCAUUGAAGUAGCCAUCAGGACUGAUGACAUUCUUCAACAGGCUGCUUCAAUCAAGGACACUACUACACCACCUAGUAUCCUAAAGAAAGGAAAGACCAACAACUAUAGACCUACAGAGAGGUUCCCUGCAGAGACUUUUCUGAGGAGAAGCCAAGCAGGUGAAUGCCAAAAAUGUGGGAGCAAGACUCACAGGCUAAAACAAUGCCCUGAGAAAUUCUACAAACCUGACCCAGUACUGGGAAAGAGAGGGACAGAGAAAAGGAUAGAGGAGGAUUGUGAAUCCAUAGAGUCAAAAAAUUACCAAGGGCCUCUGUAA